UGCAGCCCGGUCGGGUGUGUGGUGGUGAGGCUGGAACGGGGCUGUGCCAGCUCCAAAGCUUUUCCUGAGUAAGCAGGUUUGUGAACCUGAACUGCAUUUGCCCUGCGAGCAGCAAGGUGACAGCAGCAAGCACAGCUCAGCGCCGAAUUCGGGGUGACCUGGCUGACAUGAAGGGACCCGUCCCCAUCCAGGACGCCAUGGCAAGUGACACGGAGCCCUCCAACGCCAUCAAACUGCUGCACCUGCUUUUCCUCUCCACCUCCUGGGGAAUGCAGGUCUGGGUGACCUUCGUGGCGGGGUUUGUGAUGAGCAGGCACCUCCCUCGCCACACCUUCGGCUCCAUCCAGCGGGAGCUCUUCCCCUACUACUUCCACAUCAGCUCCACCUGUGCCUUCCUCAACCUGACCCUGUUUGCCAUGUCCCACCCCAGCGAGCGGCUCGGCGAGGAGCACACGGCCCAGAUCAUCAUCUUCCUCGUCUGCAUCGCCGCCUCGGUGCUGAACACGCAGUGGUUCGGGCGGGUCGCCUCCGACACGGUGGCCGAGCUGCAGCUGGUGGAGCGCAGGCACGGGCUGGGGCAGGAGGUGGGGCUGGCAGGCAGCGAGCCCCGCAGGCAGCUCCGCGCCUCCAACCCCAGCUACGGGCAGCUGGCCCGGCGCUUCGCCCUCCACCACGCUCUGUCCUCCCUCUGCAACCUCCUGUGCAUCGUGUGCAACGGGCUGAGCCUGCACCACCUGGCUGCCCAGCUCUCUGCCCUCUGAGGGCACUGCCAGGCGACGGCUGCACAGUGCCCACCCCCUGCUGCCUCGCUGUAAAGCAAGCCCCAGCUUUGGACAUUAAACUGCAGCAUCCUCGGGUGGAGAUACUCUUGCUGUGUUUGUGCACGGUGCAGAAAUUUAGGAAUAGUGAAAUGGAAUUGUUUUCUCUAGAGCUGCCUGCAGCCAGGCUCCGUGAUUGAAGCAGGAGUGUUUUAUGGCUGAACAGCUUUCUAAUGCCCCAUGCACUGGCUGUGUCUAAAGCUGCAGUGUAUUCCUGCAGAAGAGAAAGAAAUGAGAGAUUGAGAAUUACUUCUAAUUAAAAGCCAAACGCUAAUACAGAAGUGCAGAAGACCCUGCGUGUUGGCUGUACCAGUUAAUGUAGUGGAUAAAGGUGUUAU